GCUGUACCCUCCCGACCAGGUCGAGAAGUGCGGGGAGAGAGAGCCGCUUACAGACAUCUAACCGAGAAACCCCUAACCCAUCGACGGAAAGUACCAUACGUAUUCCAUAUCCCACGGAGUUCUUCUAUCUCGGAUUUUUUUCGAUCCUUUCGUAUUCUUCCUCCAUCACAAACCAUAGCCACCAUGGAAUCCGUCCUCCUGCAGCUCGAGCCCCUCGUUGCCCUCGUGCGGCCACAUCUCCUCCCCAUCAUCAAAGCCCUCCCGGCUCCCAUCCACGACUUUGGGCUCUCCCAGCUCGGCCCGGAAUGCUACAGCACGAUCGUUAGCAAGCUCGACAUCUCGUCACACCCGGAAUGCACGCAACUCGCAAUCUCCAAAGCCAUCGGCGUAGGGAUCAUCGGGUUGUCGACUGUCGUCAAAGUUCCGCAGCUCCUAAAGCUGCUCGCGUCCGGGUCGGCGCAGGGAAUCUCGUUCACCUCGUACCUGCUCGAGACGACCGCAUACAUCAUCACGCUUGCAUACAACUAUCGCUCCGGCAACCCUUUCUCGACAUACGGCGAGAUUGCGCUGCUGGCGGUGCAGAAUGUCAUCAUCUCGAUGCUGGUGCUGCACUACCGUGGAAAGGCGGGUGUCGCCGCCGUGUAUGCGAUGGUGCUCGCCACUGCUGGAUAUGCGCUGUUCAACGAGGGCCUGAUCAGCAAGGAGAUGAUGGUCAUGGUCCAAACGGCCACUAUCCCGCUCGGCCUCAUGAGCAAGAUCCCGCAGAUCUUCACCAUCGCUAAGGACAAGAACACGGGCCAGCUCUCCGCUUUCGCAGUCUUCAACUACCUCUUCGGCUCCCUCGCGCGCGUCUUCACGACCAUCUCCGAGGUCGACGAUCCCGUCAUCCUCUACGGCUUCCUCGGCGGCUUCGCCCUGAACGUCGUCCUGGCUGUCCAGAUGCUCUGGUACUGGAAUGCGGGGAAGCCUUCGGCAAGCGCGGUCAAGAAGGAGAAGAAGCACUACGUUGCGGGCGGAAAGAGCCCCCAGCCUAGGACCGGAGGCCGCAGGAAGGCGUAGAUUGUUUUGUUUCUCUUGCGUAGGAGUUAUUGGAUGGUCUUUAAUACCUACCAAUGCCGGCGCAUCAUUUGUUUUCGCUUGCUGAAUGCCUGUAUGCGUUCGAAUCGUGCUAGAUGUGGCUGGGUCGUGGAGUUGGGGGGUCAUAUGUUGGUGUUGUAAUAUUCGAUGCCUCAUAACCCAAGUUCAGUUGCCAGUUGGUGGCCUCGUUUUGUAGGUUAGGUUGCCACAAUGAUAUGGCGAUGAUUCCAAGAAGUGCUGGCGCGAUAAAGUACGGCAGUAGAGAGCAGACAACCACCAGUGUUGAUCAAAACUGCUGCCUUGUCCGAGUG